UUGGAAAAUCGAUCCAUCAGCCAUAUCGAUAUACGUAGUUCUGGAGCUAUAAGGUGGCGGCAUUGUAUCGGGGUAGCUUAUCGAGCUGCCUCUGUACAGUCCCUGCCCACAAGCCUACGGAUAAGGCAUCCUCGGUCGCUAAUGAUUCCGGAAUACGACAUUGGCUGCUCGAUGAAGUUAUCGCUUUUGAUCUAUGGACUGAUAUAUAUUGCCGCAGGUAGCCAGUGUUACGUAAGCGCAUUCGACGCCCCCUCAGAGGACCACGCCUCCCUGUCUCAAGAUGACCCAGAUUGGGAAGAUUGGGACAAGGAGGUGAGGUUCUCUAAACGUUCGGCUCAUAAUGAACAAGAAAAUGAUGCACUAGAUGGCUCACCUUCUGGAAUUUUACCCUCUGGCUCUAACCCCGUUUUACUCGUACAUACACUCUGCGUCGCAUCUACUGACUGCUCCCAAGUUCAAAAUUCGGAUGAAGCUGAAACAAACAUCAAGAAUGAUAUAGUUGCCCUGUAUACACGCUUAAGAACUUUUCCUGAUCCAGAACCCGUUCAACACAGCUAUGAAUGCAGCAACGACCAACUGGACACUUACGAUUGCCUCUGUUCUGGGAAUGGAAUUGGAAACACACUUACCGUCAAGAACGUACUCCUCUAUAUCGAAGGAUUAACAAAUGAUCUAUCCGAUUUGGAAACGGCUUUCAACUUUUUCACCGAUACGUUUAGACAACAAGGAAUACCCUUAGGUCAAUCUGGAUUAAUUACAUGCGAAUCUCCAAAGUCAACAUUAAAAAAUGUGACAAAUGUUCCCGAUAAGAUACGAGACACCAUCAAAUGUUCACCAAUAUCCUCGGGGCCAAAGGUGAACCUAAAAAACUUUCCUGGAACAGACCUUGGAAAUGCUAUAUCUGCACUUGGAACAUCUGAAAAGGCGUGUAAGAAGAAAAAGAACAACGGAACAUUUACUGGGGCAUUUAACUUUGAAAGAUGUAAUUUCAAGGAGUCACAGGGAGUAGAUGAUCAGGAAAGAGAGUUUACUGCAUACUCCAACUACCUUCUUGAUAAUGAGGAAAGGGGAGUAUACAUAUCUUGUGUGUACCAACGUAAUCUAACAACUGAUGAACUGAUUCCACUUGGUUCAAUAGCAUGGGAUAUCACCGCAGGUGAUGUGACUGUAUCGAGAAGAGACUUGGGAACAUUUUCUUUGAAAAUGGGACUAUAUAGCGAUCCGUUAUACAUGAACGAAUUAUCAACAUCAAAUGCAAUUGGACAGAAUGACUACAUUUAUGGUCAAGUGUAUGCCUUGGGAAUUGAUAUGGACAUUAACAACCUCAAAUUUAGUCUACAGAACUGCUAUGAUUCAUCUGCUCAGCUUCGAUUCAGUGAUACAAUAGAACAACACACCUUAAUACAAGACAGAUGUCCAAUGGACGAUUCAUAUGAAACAAUACCUACAAAUCAAAACGAUAUGUACAAAUUUAGAUUUAAACCAGGGACUCACUACAAUUUAGAUGAUCAUCUUCACUUGCAUUGUGAUAUAAAAAUAUGUACAGUAGAUGAUAACUCAGAAGACUGUAAACCUCCAGACAAACGGAAAUGUGCGCGAGUAUCAAGUCGUGGAAGACGAGCAUUAGAUUAUGGGAAAGAUGUACCUAUUAGCAAUGGACCAAUAUCGUUUAUACAGUCAUCCAAAAUAAAUUCAGAAGAAACAAUAUUUGAUCGAAGUAAGAGAUCCAACGACCAAGCUGAAACAACACCCGUCACAUUCACUCCGUUUGUACUGUUGGCAGUCGCAAUAGCAGCCAUAGCAAUCAAUGUAGUCAUGGCAACAAUAUAUAUAUUACAGUCCAGGACCGAAAAAUAAAAUGACAUGUAUGAGUCAUUAUUUGACAAGGACUCGCGUCCACUAUCGUCAACAAUUAAGUAUAGCAAAUAGUAUAUAAUAUGUAUGAAACUGACUACUGGUAGCUACUGGCAAUCUGACGCAAUAUAAAAUGUACAAAGAUGACAGUACAAUUAGUGGUAAAGAUGGGAUAUGCUAACAUGGAACAGCUUUUGACUUUUAAGAUUAUAUUGAUUAUUAUUGAACCAAGUACAUUUUAUAAAACCAUGGACACACAAUAUUAUUACAAAGUGUGAGUUUUUGACAAGAUAUUUACAACUUGUGACUGUAUAUGCGGAAAGGGUGCAACCAUAAGAUCAUAAUUCUGCAUUACAGUCACCUGGUAUUUUACGUCAUAGCUCAACACAUCUUUGGUUCCAAUAUUUUCAACUUUCAACGUUUAAUAUGUAUCCUUCUCAUCUCUUCAUUUGGAGAUCCAGCGGGCAGGCUCAGUGAAUACGAACUGAAAAGAGGAAAGGGAUACAUUCACGAAAAAAAUGUAUCGUUUAAAAUCAGUCAGACACUCCAUGCAUUCCAUGUAUGAAUUUAUUUGGUGAAAAGACACGUUGAUACGUUUAUUUAAUGCUUGUUAAUAAAUUAUAAUUAUUGAUUGUGU